CGGGGAAACCUACUUUUGCUCGACACCGGCACCGCACCUGCAGCACAGUGACGGCAGCGUCGCCAUCUGGCGGUGUGCGUGGAGAACUGCAGGGCUCUCUCCUGAGGAAAAUACAGGAGAUCACCCUCCUCCUCCUCCCUGCGGUGCUCAGUGGAGAAGAGCGUCCAUGUCCGAGGUGAUCUGACACAGCGAGGAGGAAGAGGAGGAGAGGGCGCAGUCCAUGAGGCAGAGGACCGAGGAGGAGAGAAACGAGACACAACCCCCCCCCCUAACCCCCGCUGACGAGAGGAAGGAGAUCGCUCGCUUCGCCUCGGUGCAACCGCGAAGAUGGGGAACCGGGGAAUGGAGGAUCUGAUUCCUCUGAUGAAUCGCAUGCAGGAUGCCUUCUCCGCCAUCGGCCAGAACGCGAACCUGGACCUGCCGCAGAUCGCCGUGGUGGGCGGGCAGAGUGCCGGGAAGAGCUCGGUGCUGGAGAACUUCGUGGGGAAGGAUUUCCUUCCCCGUGGCUCUGGCAUUGUGACCCGUCGUCCUUUGGUUCUGCAGCUGAUGACCUGUCCCACAGAGUACGCUGAGUUUCUCCACUGUAAGGGCAAAAAGUUCGUCGAUUUCGAUGAGGUCCGACAGGAGAUUGAGGCGGAGACUGAUCGCAUCACCGGGGCCAACAAGGGCAUCUCCUCUGUGCCCAUCAACCUGCGAGUCUACUCCCCUCACGUGCUCAACCUGACGCUGGUGGACCUGCCAGGGAUGACCAAGGUGCCCGUGGGCGACCAACCUGCAGACAUCGAGGCCCAGAUCAGAGAGAUGCUGAUGCAGUUUGUCACCAAGGAGAACUGCCUGAUGCUGGCCGUCUCCCCGGCCAACUCCGAUCUGGCAAACUCUGACGCUCUAAAGAUUGCCAAAGAGGUCGACCCUCAGGGUAUGAGGACCAUUGGUGUGAUCACCAAGCUGGACCUGAUGGACGAGGGGACGGACGCUAAAGAAAUCCUGGAUAAUAAACUGCUUCCACUCAGGAGGGGAUACGUCGGCGUGGUGAACAGGAGCCAGAAGGACAUAGAUGGGAAGAAGGACAUUAAUGCCGCCAUGGCCGCCGAGAGGAAGUUCUUUCUCUCCCACGCUUCGUACAGACACCUGUCAGACCGCAUGGGCACCCCCUUCCUCCAGAAACUCCUCAAUCAGCAACUGACCAACCACAUCCGCGACACCCUGCCGGGGCUGCGAGCCAAGCUACAGAGUCAGCUCCUCUCCAUAGAGAAGGAGGUGGAGGAGUACAAGAACUUCAGACCCGACGAUCCCUCUCGCAAGACAAAGGCUCUGCUCCAGAUGGUGCAGCAGUUCUCCGUGGAUUUCGAGAAGUGCAUAGAGGGCUCUGGCGACCAGAUUGACACCGCGGAGCUGUCAGGGGGUGCGAGGAUCAAUCGCAUCUUCCACGAACGCUUCCCGUUUGAACUGGUCAAGAUGGAGUUCGACGAGAAGGAGCUGAGGAAGGAGAUCAGCUACGCCAUCAAGAACAUACACGGCAUCAGAACUGGCCUCUUCACCCCGGACAUGGCCUUUGAGACCAUUGUGAAAAGGCAGAUUGGGAAGAUUAAAGAGCCGUGCACCAAAUGUGUGGACAUGGUCAUUUCUGAGCUAGUCAAUACGGUUAGGCAGUGUACCAAGAAGCUGGCUCAGUAUCCCCAACUACGAGAGGAGAUGGAGAGAAUUGUCACGCAGCACAUCAGGGACCGGGAAAACCGCACUAAGUCCCAGGUGCUGCUGUUGAUAGACAUUGAGUUGUCCUACAUGAACACCAACCAUGAGGAUUUUAUUGGAUUUGCCAACGCUCAACCGAGGAUCAGCCAAAUGAACAAGAAGAAGGCGGCCGGCAACCAGGAUGAAAUCAUGCCCGAGAGAGGAGUUAGCGAUCGGUUCAAGGUGAUCAGGAAGGGCUGGCUGACCAUCAACAACAUCGGCAUCAUGAAGGGAGGAGCCAAGGAGUACUGGUUCGUCCUCACUGCCGAGUCUCUGUCCUGGUAUAAGGACGAUGAGGAGAAAGAGAAGAAGUACAUGCUGCAGGUGGACAACCUACGGCUGCGCGAUGUGGAGAAAGGCUUCAUGUCCAGCAAGCACAUCUUUGCCCUCUUCAACACCGAGCAGAGGAACGUUUAUAAGGAUUACCGUCAGCUGGAGCUGGCCUGUGAGAGUCAGGAGGAUAUUGAUGCUUGGAAGGCCUCGUUCCUUCGAGCCGGAGUUUAUCCUGAACGCGUCACGGACAAGGAAGGAAAGAGUGACGGCGGCGAAGACAGCGGCAGUGACAACUUCGUGCACAGCAUGGAUCCUCAGCUGGAGCGGCAGGUGGAGACCAUUCGUAACCUGGUGGACUCCUACAUGGCCAUCGUCAACAAGACCGUCCGCGACCUGAUGCCAAAGACCAUCAUGCACCUCAUGAUUAACAAUACGAAGGAGUACAUCAACGCCGACCUGCUGGCCCAGUUGUACUCGUGCGGCGACCAGAACUCGCUGAUGGAGGAGUCUCAGGAACAGGCCACGCACCGUGACGAGAUGCUGCGGAUGUACCACGCCCUGCGGGAGGCGCUCAGCAUCAUCGGCGACAUCAGCACGUCAACUGUAACCACCGCCAUGCCGCCGCCCGUGGAUGAUUCCUGGCUGCAGGUGCAACGGGCCAACUCCGGAGGAAGGUCUCCGGCCAGCAGUCCAACUCCAAACCGCAGAGCUCCGCCGGGACCCCCCGCCCGCCCCGGCUCUCGUGGGCCUCCACCCGGGCCUCCUCCUGCCGGGGGACCCCCUGUCCCGUCUCGGCCCGGAGCUUCUCCGGACCCCUACAGUGGGCCGCCACCCUCUGUGCCCUCCAGGCCUAACCGCGCACCCCCAAGUGUGCCCAGAAUCACUAUCACUGACCAGUGAGGGGAGGACGUUUCUGUGGUCACGGGGGUGAGUGAGAACAAACAAACAGCCACAGUCUAUGCAUAAAACUAUCGAGCGCUCCGUCUGUUUCGCCCUGUGAGUCGAACCCAUCUUUGCAAUCCCCAGCACCCCCCACCACCCCUCUUCUACCACUGAACUCAGUGUGAUGUGUUGUAUUUUUGACUCGUGACAGAAACCGCCGAACCCACCAGCCACGAUUAAGCCCCCCCCCCUCCCCCUGUACCUCCAUUGAUGUAAAAUAAAACUUGUGCAUCCCGGUCCUCCACGACUGCAAAGCAAAACGAAGCAUAUUCUACCAAUGGUUUAACAGUGAAUAGUUUAUUAUGGACAUAUCUUAUUAAUGCGUUAUUCUGUAUAUGUGUGGUGCAUCUUAUGGGACUUGUACUUCUACUGUCUAGAGAAUUUAGUCUGCAGUGUAUGUACUUGCUGAGUAUUUAAAUUAUUAUGAAUAAAUGAGUAUCUGUAUAAGGAAAUAUUAAAAAAAAUUUACAAAAAAUGUAUAAUACAGUGAUGUAUAUUGACAUGUGCAGGCAGGUUUGAUACUGUAGCUCGUAGCAGAGAGGGGGUUUUGUUUGUUUGUUUUUCUCUCUCUGUAUGUGUGUAUGUAUGUUUGUGAGUGUGAGUGUGUGUGUGUGUGUGUGUAGAAGAGCAGGGAGACGCAGCGUGAGUGUGUGUGAAUUGCUGCAGCAGCUCCAGCUCCUGCGUCUUGUUCAAACUGAUGGAUGAUGUUAGUCGGCAGGACGGCUGCGCUUUAAUGUCAACACAUUAAAAAUCUCAGUGUACUGAAACUCUCA